AUGGAAUUCCUUUCGCAAACAUACGUUGCUCUUCGUGGUCCAACGGGAGCGCCUCAAACUCCUGCAGACAUUAUCGCGCGACUCAGCGACAGGCUCUCACCCGCUACCCUACUCGCUGACAGACGAGCUUCGGUCCUAGCCCUCAAAGGUCUCGUUCGCGAUUGCAAGCAAGACGUCGGGGAACGCGCCCUGACCGGCCUGCUGCAAGUGCUGGAGAAUGAUGCCGAAGUGGAUGCGGAGAUCGGCAGGGCAGCCUUGGAAACGCUCCUCAUACUAUGCGAAACCGACGACGCGUCGCGCGAGCUCGGCUUCAAGCACACCGAUAUCGUCCUCACUAACGAACGGGUCAUCAACGUCUUGUUCACGCUCCUGGGGGACUCCAAUUUCUAUGUUCGCUUCUCUACUCUGCAGUAUCUGUCCGUCCUUCUCCAGAACAGACGACAAGUGGUGCAGGCGUAUUUCCUGAAAGCUCAAGUCGGUCCGGGAAGCGUUGUUGCUGUUCUCGACGAUAGACGGGAGAUCAUACGAAAUGAGAGUCUCUCCAUGGUCCAGGCUCUGAUAUCACAGAGCUCUGACAUCCAGAAAGUACUGGCGUUCGAGGGUGCGUUCGAGCGCCUGUUCGCGAUCGUCACGCAGGAAGGCGGCAUCGAGGGAGGACACGUCCCUCAAGAGGCGUUAACAUGUAUCGACGGACUGCUCCGUUUCAAUUCUUCCAACCAGAGCUACUUCCGCGAAAGCCCAUCGCCACCCAUUCUAUGUAACCUUUUGCUGUUCCCUCCCUCGCUCCAGUUCCACCAACCAGCGCCGCAGGAGUUCGCGUUGCAAUUCUGGGAUUCGCAGAAAACAAUCAACGCCUCUAUGGUUGUUGGUAUCAUAGGCAUGCUGGCGUCUACCAAGGGCAAUCCGGUGCAAGAAGCACCCCCGUUCACGCGUUGCCUGGUCGAGAUUGCACUGGCCUCAAAUGCGCCUACGUCGAUUAAAACACAGGCCUUGCGACUGCUCCCGCCACAUAUGACGAUGCCUCUGUCAGAGCUGGUGCUAACACCGUACAUGCCUGUGCCGGAAUCGAACGGCGAGGAGUGGGAUCGUCUAGAGCCGGCAUCUGCGCUCGAUGCGUUGGUUGAGCUGGCUUUGCACGGAGAGUACAACGGUUUGGAGGCAAGCAAGCGAACGAAAGAGGGUCUCGAACUGCGGACGGCAGCUGUCACUGUAUUCGAGAAUUUUGCUCGGAAAGAAGAUAUCAAGCAGGCAAUCGUUCAGGCUAUGUUACCGCCGGAAGGGAGUGCUACAGACGCGCCACCCGUCACCCCCUUGAUACACUCGCUGAUAUCAUCCCCCGCCGCCACAUCCAUACUCGACCUAGCGGCGAUAUCGUCCACGCAUCUGGCAAGCUGGCUAUUUGCUCACCUUAUCCGAACAUCUGCUCGUGCCAAAACUCUAGCCCUAGCUAUAACCCCGCCUCCAGCACAUAGCUCCGCAGACCCAAACGCAGGUGGAGCCUUUUUCGUACCAGCUGACGGUCCACCGGCGGCAGGACAGCCGAUUACUGAGGAAGCAGAUGAUGAUGAACCGCCACAAACGCUGCUGCAUGUCCUCUGCGAGAAUCUGUCCCUCGCUUUCCUGUCUCGCUCUCGGGCCGACAACUCUGAGCGUGAAGCUCGGGAAUGGGAUAGAUUAAUUGUCGCUUACCUGACUUUGUUCUCACAGUGGCUUUGGGAGGAUCCUAGCGCAGUGCGAGAGUUCCUGAAUGCCGGCGGGUUAGGUGUCCUUGUGGAGGCUGCUAACCAGACCUCGGAAGCCGACUCUAUCAUCCCUGGGCUAUGUGCUUUCCUGCUCGGCAUAUGCUACGAGUACAACCGGGAGCCGGGGGAAAUUACCAGAACUACCAUCCACCCUAUCAUAAAUCGACUCGGUGUGGAAACUCUGAUCGGGCGUAUGACACGGUUGCGGGAGGACGAGCGGUUCAGAGCCAUUGUUCCCGAUUCAGUCGUCCUGCCUUAUCCCCAAGCUCCAUCGCACCUUCACGCUGGUUUGCAGAAAUCCGAGCCAGUGGAGAAUGAAGGCGAGAUCUGGUUUGACUGGGGAUUUGUCGACUUUUGGAAAUCAAAUUAUUAUGCUGUACAAAGAGGGCUGGCAACGGAUCCUCAUCAGAUAUCGGCUUCUAGUUCUGGCGCAGGGGCUGAGAGCGCCAUGCUGGUCGCGUCUCUCCGAGAAGUGAUACAGAACCAGGCCAAACAGAUUGAAGACCUGCAGAACAAGCUGAAAGAUGCCCAGGCCUAUCCGAAAGACGAUAUUGCCGCUCUGAAGGGGAGAGUCGAUGCUUUGGCCAGCGAGCUGAGGAUAUCGGAAGAGAAACGGAAGGAGCAGGAGAAGGAGCAGGAGGAUAUGCUUGUCCUGCUAGAUGAGCUCAGCAGUAAACGAAGUAGGGAUAAGAAGCGAAUGCAGGAAGCGGGGCUGGAAGUUUCCGAGGAUGAGGGCGACGAGGAGGACGAUGAUGAAUAG